UUCUUCCUUGCCUUGCCGAUGCCACCGAACAUCAUCUGCUCCCUCAUACACCCAAUUCUUCUUCCCGAUGAUCGAUGGGCUUUCUUCCGCAUCUUAAUGCCACGUGAUGAUCCAUGCCUUCCUAUAUCGACGACUUCAGCCAGACCCGCCUGCCAAAACCACGGAAUCUUAUCCGGAAUUGCUCUUAACUAUUGGGUAAUCGCUCAGAAUCAGCUCGUCGCAGCCCUCGACUCUGCUCCCAUGUCACACUGGGAUACAAUACACCCCAAGCGUCUGGCCUUCGUGUUGUGACGAGAGUUUCAGCCUAACGCAAGGACUUUGGGAUAACUCCAGCUGCUUCCUAUAACUCACGAGGUUGUUUCUGAGGGUACAAUAAUCUAGUAUCAUGAGCGUUCCCGGGGCUAUUCCAGAACAAAUACAGCAAUAUUGACCAUACCCUGCUAUUUCCCGUUAAUACACCUAUAAGCUCUUCGAGCUCCUCUUUACCGGUCCGCCUACCAUCGCCUCGACACAUCGACACCGAACUUCAAAACCGCGUUCAGAUUCGAGAGCUUGAGCCGGAAUUCCUCCUCCAAGUAAUGAGAUGGAAGUUGACCGGAAUGUGAGUGUGCGCCAGAAAACGGUGCACUUGCUGAACUACUGACCAGUCACAAUCGAACCUACGGUCCCACUGGUUCCUAGUAGCGUGACAUUGCGGAAACAUGGACAGCGCUAUUGUCAGCAUUGGCAAGAUUCCUGUUUGUGACUUAGGCCGCUCCAACGAUGCGGGUCUUCGGCUAUAGUAUUCGGAUCCACUCUUUCAUCGAGUACGACUUGUGACUCACGUGCGCAGGCGGAUGCCAACGCUGCAACAAAAGGCUUCUUAUAACUAUGUAUCAGGCGUGUUUUUGUCAAUUCCAGCAGGCCGAUGUACACUAGCCACAGGUUUGUUGCAUUGAAUUCAACGAGCUCAAACCAACCCCAGAUGAUGAGACCGGGCAGUAUUCAUGCUGUUUUUCCAGUUCUCCUCAAUAUCUACCGAACUGCUCCUUCUGAGACCUCCUUAUCAUGAUUCAGCAUUACGCUUUGGAUAUAGAUCCCCUAUAUUCUGGUGCGUCGACACUGAGUGUAUGUGGGGAAAAUCGAUGAUGAGAGGGGCUUCUCCACUUCGAUUUUAUACUCACACCCGAUCUUGCGACUGCUCCAAUCAUAUUUAUUACCACACCGUUCAUUCAAGACUAGCUAGCCGUUGACGAUGCUCCACUCUGACUCGCAGAUCAACCCAUGUCACACAACAGAACGUAGGAUUCUCAAUUUAGGAUACGUCUUUUAAGUGUAGUUUUCAGGCCAAACAGGAGGAGGCCGCAGUCUCGGGGAUGGUGAUAUCCAAGAUGGCCAACCAUAUAGCAUCGAUUGAUAUGGCCAGCUCCUACGGGAAGCACUGGCAGAAAGCCAAGGGGCCAACAAGGACAAGCUGCAAGCCACUUUUUGAGGGCUUGCAGACGACGAUGGAGCCACCGAUGAAUACGCACACGAUGGUCUUAUUCACUACACGGACGCCCUCGCUAAAUCGGCCUGUCCGUUUGGAGAUGACUGCCCCUGGCAUCAUCUGCACCUGUCGAUAGAAAAUAUGAUCGCGGUCAGUGGGCCCAAGGGCAUCGAGUUUCUCGAGGACUAUCUCGGUAUCGCCAAGGCACUGAUCGAUCUGCAGGCCGAAGAGGCUAAGCAGCGAAAGUGACUGAUGAUGCGGAAUUGUAUUCAUUCGAAUGCAAUGAAUGAAUACUUCCGGCCAUCAGAAAACUUGAUGGUCGAAUACAUUUUGCUAAAUCUGAGAAUAGUUUCGAUACCAAUGCUUGUUCGAGUAAAUAAAAUUAUCCUUAUGUCAAUCUCAAAGUACCGUGGACUGUGAGUGACAUAUACUGACCUAAGUUCUUGUUGCCUAGUUCCGGAGAAGCUAGUGAGUGUGCUGUUAAUGCGCGGGUGGCUGUAUAACUCCAAGUAUGCGGGUACAGCACAUCCUGGUAUUCCAUCCAUCAAUACAUACAACAGCAGGAUUAACAGCCGUUCAAAUAGAGCUAACUUUCUCAAUUCCACCGUCUCCCUUCCCGUUCCCUCAACAAAAGUGGGCGACCUUAGGAACUUUAGCUAUUCUCCAAACUUGAUUUCGAUUGGAAGUGUCAUCACUGCGAAAGCAGUUCGUGCAAAUAAGCAAGUACGAGCACAGCGCCGAUUCGGAGCUCCGAACCCUCCACUACAAGAAGAUUGGACAAGGGUAAGCGGCUGUAACGGGGUCCGCUGA